AUAUAGGUCCGUGUUAUCCACUCUCACGCGUCACAACGCGCCCGAACAAUAACACAGAACGAAGCGCAAACGCGUGUAACACAAUUCGUUUGACGAGUUCGAGUCGAGAUCUCGAUAUGGCUACGUCUUUCAUACUUUUCGUACUGAUGGCAACUCUCACAAUCACCGGAAGUGUCGCUCUUGUUCUUCCCAAGCGCAACCUACCUGACAACGUACCGGAUAAUUACGACUAUUACGAUUAUCCCGAAAAGUACAACGACUAUCCAGUCGUGGUUACCAAACGAGCUGCUCUACUAUUGGACAGACUUAUGGUCGCUCUGCAAAAAGCAAUUGAUGAUCAAGGAGGAUCCGAAAGUGGUGGAAUGGAUACAUCCGUUGGAUUGCCAAUGCGCCAACAGCCUCAUUCGAUUGUCAAUACUGGUGGCACUUCCAUUAGCAACGACAAAUCGAGUAUCGAUCGUCGAGCGCAAGGAAAAGGCCGAGUAUACUGGCGAUGUUACUUCAAUGCUGUGACGUGUUUUAAGAAGUAGAAAAGAACGAUCUCACAGUAGAAUCACCGACAAUUCUUUUCGUCUCUUUUUCAUUUCUGCUUUCAUGACUUACUUACUCGAUAUAUGUGGAACGUGUUAAUGGCAACAAAAUCAUUCUGUCACACGUUUCUUAAACGCUGAUAUUAUUUCAACGCGAUUUCAAACUACACAUCACUUGAAGGCUUUCGACUCGUCUUCCUGAAAACGUUGAUAUUUUUAAGAUAAAAUAAAAAAAAUAUAUAUAUAUAUAUAUAUUCAAACAAUUUAAGAAAUUUGUCGAAUGAAUGAUUCACUACUCUCGUAUAUCCUUGGAAUAACUGUAAUAAAUCAUAACCCAUGUCAAGCUCGAUAAGGCUGUUUUUAUAUAAGUGCGAUGAUUGGCAGUAAUCAUUUUCGUAAAAGUUGAACACUCGACAUAUAAUUUCUCCCUCUUAAAUAAUUUAAAACUUAUGUAUUCAAUAAUAAUUUAGUGAGUAGAAAUUUAUUAUUUAUAUCAA